GUGCGUUAUAUCUAUGUCUAUAUCGCGUGCGCACACACGGAUAUUGUCGAGACUCGACAAGGCUCUCGCUCCCUCUCACGGCCCACGAAGUCGUGCAGCUGAGUGGCGCGCCGGUGGUGGUGUGCGGCGAGCGGCGAACGGCUAGGAAGGCUGGCCGACGGCCUCUCGCGCGCACAGGCAGACACAUACGACUCGCGGUGCGGUGCACGCAGCGAAAGCGAACGGCGCGAGAGCGGGCGGAAUCGACGUCCCUCGCUGGCAGGCGGCGCGUACAGGGAGGAGAGGGGGAGUCGAGCGAGCGCGCAGCGACCUACCCGGCAGACGGUGUCGCCAGUCGUGCCUCGAGCUGCCUCUCGAGAGCUGCGCCUCGACGAUACGCGAUCGCGAGCGCACUCUCUGCCUCCAUCUCUGUCCGUCUGUCUCUGCUUCGCGGUCAACGAGUGCGCGCUCGGCGUUCGCUGUGCCCCGUGGCCAUGAAGCAGCAGCAGCGAGCGCCGCGACAACAGCAGCAGCAGACCGCAGCGCGAGUCGUCGGCAGCGCCAGCGCCAGAGCCUCGCCGACGAGGGCUAGGAUGAGCAACUAAGUAAACAUGGCCGCAGCCUGCUUCGAGCGGAAGCUCGGCGAGGUCCUGCUGGUGCAGGGCGGCGGCAGCGGGAAGCCCACGGCAGCGCUGCAGCCGGCGCUGCCCCCCGCACACCUCCACCAGCACCAGCACCAGCACCUGGCGCAGCCCCAGCCGCCGCGCCAGAUACCCUACCACCUGCAGAACCAGUCGCUGCUGUUCCUUUCGCCGCAGCAGCAGGCCAAGCGCCUGGAGUUCGAGCGCGCGCUCAAGGCGGCGGGCGCGAGCGCGACGACGGCGCCUAGCGCCGCCAAGGACUACUCGCAGCCGCUGCACGUGGACUGCAGUGUGGAGUACGAGCUGCCGUCGCAGGCCAAGCCGCCGCCCGGCCUGCAGGGCGAGCCGCUGCUCAUGAUCCACCCGAGCUACUACCGGCGGGCCGAGCGCGAGCGCCGCACCACCUUCGUCAACAACCUGCCGGCCGCGGCGGCGGCGCCGACCUCGGGCCGCGGGCAGCGCGCCGCCGGCGCCGCCUCGUCCUCGACCUGCUCGACGUCGGCGGCCAAGAGCGGCCGCGCCGCGGCGGCCCGUGUGCGCAGCACCGUCGUGCCGCCGUCGCUGCCCACCGCCGCGGUUGCGCCCGGGCCGCCGCUCGUCGUGGAUGACCCCGCGGCCACGGCGGCGGCCGCCGCCAUCCUCAAGAGCUGCAGCGCCACCGCCGGCCUCUACUCCCACCAGUACUUCCAGCCGACGGCCGCGACGACGAGCCAGCAGCCGCAGCAGAAGCCGCACACCGCCUCGUACGGGCCCAGCCUGGCCAGGCAGUCGCAGCAGCAGCAGCAGCAGCAGCCACAGUCACAGCCACAGCCACAGCCACAGCCGCAGCCACAGCCGCAGCAACAGCAGCAACAGCAGCAACAGCAGCAGCAGCAGCAGCAGCAGCAGCAGCAGCAGCAGCAAUCCGCCUCGGUAGCGACGUCCUCCUCCGCUGUUUCGUCGACCGCCGCCACGCUGCCUGCCUACGGCCUUUACCCGCAGCGCUACCCGCACCAGCAGCUCCACACGCACCAUCUCGCCGCUGCCGCCGCCGCCGCUGCCGCCGCCGCCAGCCAUCCACAGCAGCCGCAGCCGAUGCCGCCGCAGCAGCAGUUCGCCGUGCACGCGCUGCAGCGCCAGCCCUCGACGCUGCUCACUGCCAACCCGGCCUUCUUCGAGCCACCGCCGCUCUACCAUCACCACGCUCUUCUACCUCAAAGCUAAGCAAAACACCGGCACCACACACGCGCCCUCGCUCGCUCGCUCCUGCCUCUCUUACUCCGCGACCCGAGCAACCGUCUUCUUCUUGGCGAAAAACGUGCCGCACGUCGAUUGUACGCGGCGCGAUGUUCCUAUAGGUACCAGCUCUCUC